AUGUCAACUACAAUUUUUCCUGAUAUAUAUCGUCAUAUUGCAAGAAAAAGUACAGUUUCACGAAAUGUUAAUGUUCCAUCGAAAACUUUACCUUUAUGUAAUUCAACAUCAAUUCAUGAUAAUAAUAAUAAAGAAGAAAAAAUAAUUUUUGAUCAAAUUCAAUUUGAUUAUAAAUUGGAAAAAAAUCUUCAACAACAAAAACAAUCAUUUGUUAUAUUACCUGAUAAUGAAAUUGAACAAAUGAUUGUUGAACAAACAAAUGAAGAAAUUAUUAAAGAUAUACUUGAACAAAUUCAAAAACAAAUUUCUAAUGAUUUUUCAAAUGAAAAACAAAUUAUUUUAACAGAUAUUCAUAAUUGUAUUGAUUCACUUUUAAAUCAUUUUGAUGCAAAUAUUAAUGAAUCUAUUUCAACAACACAUGACGUACAAAUGGAAGAUAUAACGAGAAGUUUGAAUGAACAAAUAUCCAUGGAAAGUGAUGAACCAUCUUCAAUACUUUCACAAUCGCAAACUGAUGAUGAUUUUAUAGAAGGUGAAGAAUCAACAUCUAACACAAAUGAACAUUUAUGUAUUUGUCAAUGUCAUCAAAUUGCAACUAAUUCAAUAAUUAUUAAUCCUACAAAUGAAUAUCUUCUAUUUGAACAAGCUUUAAAACAAACACGUCAAGAAGAACAACAAAAACAAUUAUUAAAUAAUAAUCGUCUUGUACAAACAUUAAAAUUACAACAUCAAGAUUUAAUAAAUUUUUAUCAUAAACAAAUAAAUUUAAAUAAAAUUGAUCGUGAACAACAAACAAAUCAAAUUAAUCAACAUGAUUCACAAAUACAAACUGAUUUAACACCAACUCAACAACAACAACAACAAAAUCCCAAAUCAAAUAUUUAUGUAUAUGUCAAUGGAAUAAAUUCUGUACCAAUUCCAAAAGUUAUACCAGCAACAACUCUACGUCCUUUUAAUAGUUUUCUUACACCAAUUCGAACAACAGGUCCAUCAUUACAACAAUUAAUACCUUGUUUAACAACAACGAAUACAGCAACAACAAUAACAUUAACAAAUAAAACAUCAAUAGUUAAAAAAGUGAUGUCAAUACCAACAAUUAAUUCUCAUCCUUCGCCACCUGUAACAACUUCAACUUCAGCAAUUUCUCAUGAUAUUGUUGAUUUAACAGAAGAAGAUGAUGAUAAUAAUACAAAUAAAUUAUCAACAGAAAAAAUUUCAUCAACUAAAUUAGAACAAAAUUCAACAUUAUCAACAGCUACGACUGUUCGUAUUCAACCAGUAAAUCGUCCAAUGGGUUCAAAUACAACGAUUCCAGUUGGACAGACACUUGUUUUACGUCCAUUACCUGAAAAUAAUCCAUUUGAUAAUACUAUAGCUCGACCUCAAUUAAGUAUAACACAUGAUAAUACAACAGUUCGAUUAACUUGGAAUUUACCUUCAACACCAAUGGAAUCAAUACAAAAUUAUGAAAUUUAUGCAUAUAAACAAAAUGCAACAACAUCAUUAUCAGAUUGGAAAAAAAUUGGUAUAGUUAAAUCAAUGCGUUUACCAAUGGCAGUUACUUUGAAAGAAUUUCAAUGCAAUUGUCAUUAUGCAUUUGCUGUUCGUGCAAUAUCAAUUAAUAAUAGUUUUGGUCCUUUUUGUGAACCAAAAAUAAUAUUUACAGGAAAUACAUUAGUUGAACCUUUAAUACCAGUCAAAUAUUCAAUAUAA